AUGGAGUUUGAGGAUGAGAAAACGAUUUCUUUCACUGGCUUGAGCAAUGAAGUGAGGAAAGAAAGCAGUUUACUCAAAAAUCAUCUUAGUGAGCUAACCAACGACGAAAUUUUGUCAAUUAAAGAUUUCUCAGUUCCACCAAGUUGGUCACCCCAACCCUCCGAUCAAGUUGUCAAUGUUGUCGGACUGACACAAUCUUCGUCCGAAUACAUCGAGAUUAAAGAUUACUUUGUGGCUCGAGGAGGAAGAUCUGAUCAAAUUUACGAGAUUCAAAGAAUACAGAACCCUGGGCUUUAUUCUCGGUACCAGACCUUUAAAAAAUCCAUGCGUGGAGAUGUGAAUGAAAUGCGUCUUUUUCAUGGCACUAAUUCAGCGAACGUUGAAGCAAUAAACUCGAAUAACUUUAGCCGAAACUAUUCAGGAGUCAAUGGAGUAUUGUAUGGCAACGGAGUAUACUUUGCAAGAGAUUCAUCGUACUCACUCGAUUACUCUCUUCGUCAGUGUUCUGCUGGAUCCCAACCAAAGAUGUUCAUUGCCAAAGUUCUUGUUGGAAAGUACACAUCUGGCAUGCAUGGACUAAAGGCACCACCUUCAAGAAAUGAUUCUAGUAAUCCAGGUCUACUUUAUGAUUCUGUUGUCAAUAACGUAAACAACCCAAAAUUUUUUGUAAUUUUCCAAGAUAAUCAGUGUUAUCCUGAGUAUCUUAUAACAUUAAAUAAGUAA